UUGAACACCACUCUGUAUAAAAAACGUCAAUCAAAAUGAAAGUUAAGAUAAUCGUGAUACAAAUAUUGAUUUUAUUGAUUCUGCAUAUCACCGAUGCUCUUUUCGGAAAAUCUUUAAAGAAACUAAGAGAAAAAGCAACAGGCAUCUAUAGAAAGAAAAAUAAAGGCAAACCUUUGAACUACCUCGGGUACGAUCAAACAGAAUAUCCGGGUACCAACCCCAAAAAGAUACAAAUCCACCAGCAAAAAUGGAACGAUUAUUACACUUGUUUGAAGGCUCAAAACGAAAGUUUGGGUAAAUACCAAGCUGUUACUCCAGAAGCCAUAUUGGCAUUCGACGGAAAUAACAUAAAACUAGCUUGUAAAAUUUGUCUCAGUCCCGAAGAAAUAUCAACCAUUGACUCGGUCACUUGGGAAUGGGCUCCAGUGCAUGGAAAACACCUGGAAUUGAUAGAGUUCACAGAAAAUAUCUUCGAAUCCCCGGAAGACAAAAUAUUACACAUUUACAACCUUCAAAUUGAACAUUCAGGACAAUACAUUUGUAGGCUUGGUGAAUCAUUAACGGCACCAUAUUUUUUAACAGUUGUUGAUAUGAAUGAUACAGAAAUCAUCGAAGUACACAGCCCUCAAGCCCCAUUGGGACCUUAUCCGAAAGAUCCAGAGGUCAUCCAAAGCUAUAACCUGAUUUUGGAUACUGAAUGGAGCGAUUGGUCUAGAUGCAGCACUUGCGACAAAAUUGGAAAGAGACAUAAGCUAGGGUAUUGUUCUAUCUACUCCAAAGAAAAUAAAGAAUUAUCCUUCAAUGAUAUGGAUAAUGAUACUGACACAACUACUGAUGAAAUAACGAACGUUGACUUAGAACUGUUCAGUAUUUUUCAGUUUGGUAUACCGUGCAAUUCCCAUAUCCUUCCUGCUGCUAUAAAAGAGUUGCCGCAAGUGAAGACAAGGCAUAAUGAAAUAAUGAUAGGAUAUUGUAAAGUAAACUGUCCCAAAAACGAAAUUUUCGAAGUGAAAGAUAAAAACGGUAAGGUUAUAGAGAAAGCUAAUAAUACGGCAGGUAUUUAUUCACUUUUGCAACCAUUGCCGCCAUUAGAACCACCCAUAGAACGAAGAACGACCUAUGGAGUCAAGGGAAAAACGAUAGUUUUGACAUGUCCUGGUAAUAUGAACUCUGAUGCUCCAAUCCAGUGGCAAAUCGGCAAUAAAAAUUUGAUUCCAGAGAUAGUAUCGCAGGAAUCGAAGGGGAGGAUUUUCAUCAGUAUAACUGACAGAAUACACAUAAAAAAUGCGAAAAUAGCUGAUAGUAAUAUUUACAGUUGUUGGCAGGAAAAAGAAUUAGCUGGGACGAUUAGGCUCAUAGUAGAAAAAAAGUUUGAAUUCAAUUUCAAUCACCAUGUGAUGCUUUUAGGUAUUGUAGUUAUUUUGGCAGUUUUUCUGCAUGUUUUUGUGAAAGCUUUUGCUGGAAGAAAGUAUGCAAAAACUUAAUUAAACCGAUAAGUGAACAUUCACACAUGUUUUUUGAUGAAUUCGAA